CUGCAGACAUUUUCACAAAAAAUCUUACGAUUUAUCUUAAGUUUUUCACUUACGAUAAUCGUAAGUGAAAUCUUAAGUCUGUUUCACAAAACCAAUCGUAAGUGAAAAAAAAUAUCUUACGAUAUUUUUUUUCAAAAUACACUUACGAUAAAUCUUAAGAUAAAAAGCUACCGUAGCAACGUACUUUCGGUUUCGGUGCGCUUGCGCAAUAUUAGUUUCCGGUUUCAUAAUCGUCUGCUUGAAAAGGAAAUGGCCGCUUCAAAGAGAAAGCCGAACUGGUCCAGUGAUGAACUGGACGCCCUGGCGCAGGCGGUGUCAGAAAAUCUAUUGACUAUCAAAGGGAAAUUUUCCCCAGGGCUAUCAAAUGCCCAGAAAAUGAAAUGCUGGGAAAGCAUUACAGAGCGUAUAAAUGCAGUCAAUGUCUCCGGUGUGAGGAGGGAGACUAGUGAAGUGAAAAAAAAGUGGUUGGAUGUGUCCAGUACCACCAAGAAAAAGGAAGCCUCAAGGCUUAGAGGACAAAGAAUGACAGGUGGUGGUACUGGACCCACUGAUGACCUAAAGUCCUGGGAGAAAGUUAUUGUGAGUUGUCUGACAAAAUGUUCUGUCGAAGGUGUGUCUGGAGGAGUGGACACUUUGGAAGGAUCAAGUGAAACUAUAAACAUGUAUGCUGGAGGAGACCAGGCAGAAAUGGUAUCAUCAGGAAGCACACAAGAGACUGCAAUAGACAAAUAUUUGCCUUCAACUGGAACAGGCAGUGAAUCAGUUGUAUUGCCUACUGUUAUGUCCAGUGGUGCAUGCAGCAGUGUGACAGGUAAAAUCUUUUAUAUAAUAUAGAAAAAAACUCAUAUUAUUACAACUAAGUUGCUGUUCAUUAUAUUGUCAUGUAGUAUAUAUUUACAAACAGCUUAAUGAACAAUUUUCACAAUUUUAUAUUCAUGAACAUAAAAUAUGUCACAUAAAUGCAAUAUUCAUUACCUUCCAAAUGUGUCCCAUUGUACUCAAAUUUUUUAUUUAAUUUUGUUUUUUUGCUAUUUUUUUUUGUUUUUAGAGGAAGAUUUUAUGUGCAUCUUCACGCACUUUUUGUCACAACAGGGUAUCUAAGUUGAACCAUGGGUCUUCAAUAAGCUAGUUUCUAAAUUCAAAAUUUUACCAUUUCAUGUUUAAAUGUUGAAUUGUGCUUAAGCCGGUGCUAGGGGGCUCGGCACUUUCCAGUACCAUCCAUGAACAGGCUCAAUCAAACCGAGUCUGCAACAUUUUCAGUUAUGUUAUGUUGGGCUUUCUUUAGGGAUUCUUAUUUUCUCUUUUUUAUAAAGCUUCUUCACAUGAAAGAAUCUGAAUUCCCAAAUGGGACCCGAACCUGAAAUUGCGAGGGCUAAAUGAUUUGCAGUUAUUGAAUUCACUCAGCCACAGAGUCAAUAAUGUACACAAGUAUUUUGAUAGGUUUCUUGCUGUAUAAGU